AUGCCCAAAGCCCAGUGUACGUCCUGCCAGAAAAUGGUGCCACUUCAGAUUCUUCCAGUGCACAUCAAGGAAUGUAAAAGAGAACUUGUAGAUUUGUGUCAUUCUGCUGAAGAGCAAAGUUGCGAGGAACAUGAAGAUGAAUUCACAGAUUCCAAAUGCAACCAGUCAGAUCAGACAGCUGAAUGUCCUGUGUGCAACAAUGCAUUUCAAGUUGGCAUCAUUGAAGUCCAUGCAGCCACAUGUGGAUUGCGACCUUCAGAAAAUGACAGCGAUGAAUCAAGUGGAUCAGGGGCAGUGGGUAAAAUCAGUACCUUUCAAAGUACAGAGGAAAUCUUGGAUUGGAUUACUCAUCAAGUAAAUGAAACGGAUACAUUUUCCAUCUGUGUUUCACGAACUGACCUCUUCAGCAGAGGCAUGCAUCAGUGGCAACGGCAGAAGAAGACAUCGCCAAAGUCUAGACUUAAGGUCACGUUCUUUGGGGAGGCAGGCAUUGAUACUGGUGCCCUUAGCCGGGAAUUUCUCACAGAAAUGCUGGCAGAGGUUGAAAACAGACUCUUUGCUGGAGGAUCAGAUAAGAAAGGGAAGAAUCCUGUUUAUUGUCUCAACAGUUUGAACUCAAACUACUUCAGGAGUGUGGGAGAGAUGAUGGCAGCUAGCCUGGCACAAGGUGGACCUUGCCCCAACUUUUUGCGCGAGUGGUGCUUCAAAUAUCUCUGCACCGGUGAUUCUGACAGUAUACAAGUGUCUGCCAGUGAUGUAACAGAUUUCGAACUGUCACAGCUUAUUGAGAGGAUAAACAGCGCUGGACAUGACAACAUCAGUGACUUGGUUGAUGAUAUUGUGACCUGUGGCUACACCGGAAUCGUGUCUAUGGAAAAAAGACACUCCAUGAUAAGAACUGUUGUACUACACUCAACCAUGAGACUCAUCCCGAUGCUGGACCAGCUCAGAAAAGGCCUUGAGCUGUAUGAUCUACCAAAAAUCAUGAAGACCCAUCAAGACCUUUUCCUACCACUGUUUGUUCCUGGGGAAGAUCAUGAGCCAGAUGCAACCUUCCUCCUGGAGAGGAGUCGUCCUGUCUUCAGUGAGAUAGGUUCUGCCAAGCAUCAAAAAGAAGUAAAGAUUAUGAACUUUCUCCAAGACUACCUUCAAGAAAUAGAGGAUUCUGAACAAGAGGGCUCCAGCAACGACGGUGGCAUUCCAGGAGGUUGGACUGUAGGCCACAUCAUGCAGUGGAUGACUGGACAACAACACAAGCCUGUUCUGCCAAGAGCACACUGA